AUGAAUCGUGACAUCCUGAAGAUCGGAGGUGCUCCGAUCUUCGACGAUCGCAUCGUUAAAAUAGAGACUCACACUUACAAUCCGUACGCUAACACUACAUUCGGAUAUAGCGAUGAAAUACGAAUACCGAUUCAACACCAGGAUCUCUACACGUUACCGUGCGAAACUGAAAGAAAUAAAACGUUAGAGAAUGCAGGAUGGAAAAUUGCAUUUUCUCUAGACUCUUUGCUCGAUCGACCAAUAACAGCAUCUGAAGAGUUUAACUUCUGUGUACCGCUCAUCACACUUCUUGGAUUUUGUGAGGACUACAAACAUAUAGUGAUAAACGCCCGACAUGAACUCGUUCUGAUACGUGCGCGUAACGACAACAAUUGCGUUAUCACUAGCGACACCGAAGAAUUUACACUCACAUUAUCAAAAGUACAAUGGAAGAUGCCGCACGUGAUACUGAACGACGUAAACAAAUUAUCACUCUUGCGAACGUUGGAAAACGGACGAUAUCUCAGCAUGGGAUUUCGAUCUUGGGAUUUGUACGAGUUUCCUCUACUUCAGAGCACGACGAAGCAUUCGUGGGCUGUGAAGACAACGUCGCAUUUGGAAAAACCACGAUACGUGAUCCUUUUGCUUCAAACUGGAAAGCGAAACGUACUCUCUCAGGAUAGUACUCGUUUCGACGCGUGCGCGCUCGUCAACGUGAAACUCUUUUUGAACUCCGAUUUUUUUCCAUACGAUGAUAUGAAUGUGGAUUUUGAACGUAAUAAAGUCGCAAUACUAUACGACAUGUAUACAAAAUUUGCCAACUCGUACUACGGCUACGAAAGAAACGAAACUUUGUUAUCACUCGCGCAAUUUAUUUCGUCCGCGCCACUCGUGGUGAUCGAUUGCUCUCGUCAAAACGAAUCUGUAAAGAGCGCAACCGUGGACAUUCGUAUCGAAUUCGAAUGUAGAGCAAACAUUCCGCCGAGCACUACGGCCUAUUGUCUAAUUAUUCAUGACAGAGUAAUAGAGUACAUUCCAUUGACAAAUGUCGUUCGUAAAAUUAUCUAA